CCCUAUCUUGAAAAAUCCCAUCACAAAAAAAGGGCUGGUGGAGUAGCACAAGGUAUAGGCCCCGAAUUGAAGCCCCAGUAUCAGAAAAACAAAUAAAUUGCUGUCAGCUAUACAAAACACAGAACUGAUCAAUUACAUGUCCAAUUAGUCUUUCUAGAGUAAUUUUAUUUUUAAGUGCAUAGAUCAGUUGUAAAGUUUAUUUUAAUAGUAUUUGAUUUAUGCUUUUGUUUUUGUUUCUACUAGGCCAGAAAACAGCAUAUCAUUGGUAAAAGCUUACUGGAAUGAACUCUUUACUCUUGGUCUUGCCCAGUGCUGGCAAGUGAUGAAUGUAGCAACCAUAUUAGCAACAUUUGUCAACUGUCUUCACGGUAGCCUUCAACAAGAUAAAAUGUCACCAGAAAGGAGAAAAUUAUUGAUGGAGCACAUCUUCAAACUACAGGAGUUUUGUAACAGCAUGGUUAAACUCUGUAUUGAUGGAUAUGAAUAUGCCUACCUGAAGGCAAUAGUCCUCUUCAGUCCAGACCAUCCAGGCUUAGAAAACAUGGAACAGAUUGAGAAAUUUCAGGAAAAGGCUUAUGUGGAAUUCCAGGAUUAUAUAACCAGAACAUAUCCAGAUGACACCUACAGGUUAUCCAGACUGCUGCUCAGAUUGCCAGCUUUGAGAUUAAUGAAUGCUACCAUCACUGAAGAGCUAUUUUUCAAAGGUCUCAUUGGGAAUGUACGAAUCGACAGUGUCAUCCCACAUAUCUUGAAAAUGGAGCCUGCAGAUUACAACUCCCAAAUAAUUGGUCACAGCAUCUGAAAGCUGUGACAGCUAUGAACUUACUGUUCCAUCUUGGAACACAAGAACACACCAAAUUGAAUUUGUUAUUUCCAGAACAUCUGGAAGUUGUGACUUUAAAGAAUAACCAAAUCCAAGGUGUUUUUACUACUUUGGCUUACUAAGAAAAUUAUUGAAGUAACUGAGUAGGCAGCAGGAACUCAAUUUCCUGUCUUACAUGCAUGAAUAAAAAAUACCAUGGAUUUAUUCUUGGUGAAGAUGACACCUAAAACUGUCACCUCUUGACCAGCUAAACUAAGAUGUUUCAUUCUAUUUUGUUUUAUAAAACAAAUAAAUUAGCCUGAUUUUUUU